AUGACUUUGGGCACCUACAACAGGCAUCAAGCUGAACGAAAAAAGCAGGCAGCGUUAGCGGCUGCAUUUCCGCAAGGCAUACGCUGUCAGAAAUGCCUCGAAUAUGGCCACUGGAGCUACGAAUGCAAGGGAAAACGCAAAUUGCUGGUGCGCCCAUCCCGAUCACAAAUACUAAAGAAAAACUUAAAAGCAAAGCAAGGAAAUGACUGCAGCAAUGGCACAUGCAAGAUACCAAAUAAAAAGAAACGUGAAUCAAGCAGCUCUGAAUCGGGGAGUAGCUCGUCAGAGAGUUCAUCAGAUUCUUCAUCUGGGAGCUCCAGUUCUUCAAGUGACAGCAGCAGUGACUCAGAGAGUGACAGCAGCAGUGGUAGCAGCAGCGGGUCUGAGUCAUGUAGCGACUGU